UCGCAGUUUGUGGACGCCCUUCAGCGUCUGCUCUUGCGGCUCAGCCUCCUCCCUCGCUCCUCCCUCCGCACCUCAUCGCUGCUGCUACAAAAUUCUCCCUGCGCCGCAUCAUUCCCUCAUCCCACAGUCAAUUUGUCUUCCUGCCCUCCAUCCAGCGUUUCAGUAGUACCGCGCUUGUACCCCAAGCGCUUGCAAUGGCUUCCGUUGUCGCCACCUCCACCGUCGUGGCCCCCGCUGCCUUCGCAGCUUCGUCCUCGGCUGUGUCGACCUCCGAGUCGACCUCCGUGAAGGCCUUCUCCGGCCUCAAGAGUUCCACCUUGUUCUCCAGCAAGGCCCAGAGCUUGAGCUCCGUCCAGAAUGGCAGCCGUGUGCAGUGCAUGCAGGUGUGGAACCCCAUUGGCAUGACGAAGUUCGAGACCUUCUCUUACUUGCCCCCAUUGUCCGAUGACGCCAUCGCCAAGCAGGUGGACUACAUGAUCCAGCAGAAGCUCAUCCCUUGCCUCGAGUUCGACGUGAACGCCGACGGCGUGUCCCGCACCAACAACUCAUCCCCCGGAUACUACGAUGGUCGCUACUGGACCAUGUGGAAGUUGCCCAUGUUCGGAUGCCAGGACCCCGCCCAGGUAUUGAGGGAGAUUGAGGAGUGCAAGAAGACCUUCCCCGGAUGCUUCGUGCGCGUCUUGGGCUUCGACAAUGUGAAGCAGGUGCAGAUCUGCGGUUUCUUGGUCGCCAGGCCCAACUAGAUGAUUCGUCGAGCCUACGUAGCUUAGUAGAUAAGUGGAUAUCCAAAGAAGAAUCACUUGUGUAACACUUAUGGUAACCAUUUAUAAAUAAAAGAUUGGGGGAUCGUUUGAAUA